CGAAGCUUUUCUCAGCAGCCAUUGGGACGGCCGCCACCCUCUGCAACACUCUGGUUUGGCCACUCACACACCUAGCGUGGCACGGCCAGGCUUCUCGAACAGCCACACAGAGACGUAGCACACACACACACACACACACACAAGGAGACCAUUAUCAGCCCAAGUUUGCCACUUGGUUUCGUUCGCCGAUAGAUUUGCUCGCAAUUCGCAUUUGCUCUCUGUCUCUCUCGCUCUUCCGGCGUUAUCACAAAACGGUUCGUGGCGAGUGAGCUACUUGCCACCCCGCCACCCCUCCCCCGCAGGCCCAUCAAAUCCAAAUCAAACAGCACCCCGCGCAUCGGCUGGUGGAUGGUUGUUAGUGAGUUAGUGAGCGCCGCAACGCGCAAUAGACAAGGGAGUGAGCGUCGUGCUGUGUGUUAAAGCCGAGAGCGCAACAACAUAACACCCGGCCCAUGGCCCGGCCAGGUCCGAGCGCGAACCGUUUUCAGUCGCCUGCCGCACGUGGUACUAUCGGGAAGUAGUGUGCAGUGGCUUGUUGGCGAGCGAGCGAGCGCGUGUGCGUCUUUUGUGUGUGGAAAAUCGCGUGCGUCCAACAUUUGCAACCGCGCGCAAUCGAAAUUCCUUUUGGCUACGCGUGAAUUUGGUGUUGUUUUUUUUGUUUCUUCUUCGUGUGCGUUCGUGAGUGUGCAUUUUGUGUCCCUCACAACCUUGAACCGAAACACAGCCCCCCCCGCAUCAUCGUUGUCUUCAUCAAAGGCGCGUUCGCGUUGUGUGUCUUUCGAUUCCGCGCGUGUGUCUUAUCGGAGUAGGGGAAAAUUUGUAACGCGAAUAAAGAGCAAACAGCAGUGUUACGGUUUUUUUCCCUCUUCUAUCAGUAAGACGCCUAGCAGUAAAAGACUAGCUUUACGUGACGCACAUUAGGUGAAAAGUGAGACAAUUGCUGAAUUGUGUUAGAGUGUGGUUUUGGUUGCAGUGCGUCAGUAGACCACGACACGUGCGCAGUUUGUGUGUACGCUUCGAGCUUAUAAAAAGUAAACAACAGUGUUAUAAUAAGGCGCAGUAGUGUCUGUGGCAGUGUAUACAAGUACAACGUUGAUCCGGAAGUGAAAUUUAGUAAAAAUUCUCCACCAGAAGAUGCUUGCCAGUGCCCGGCGGCUGGCGGUUGUAGGUCGGCAGCGCAGCUGAGCAGCAGUUCGUUGCUGUGACAGCGGCGGCCCCGUAAGAGCCGGCGGCCAUCAAGCUGGAUCCGUCCAGCGGUAGUCCGCGUGCGGAACCGUCAACGUCUUCAACAUGUGCAGCGACGGUACGAGCUGCUAAGCAACGGCCAGUAGUGCGAGACGCAUCCCAUCGCUACCACGAACAAAGCAGCUCCUACUCGGACGAGCUUACGAUGAACAUUUCCACCGAGUACGCACCCACCGACGGGAUGAGUCGCUCGUCCUACACGCGAUCAUCCUAUCGAUCGGCCUACUACGGUGGGCCAUCGGAGAUCGGUGGCAGUGGUGCAGGAGCUCUCGGCUCGCAGCAGCAUCAGCCGCCGUACGGUGGUGGAGUCGAGACGAUCGGUUUUGCCGACGGAGGAAACCACUCGCGGCGGCAUCACGAUCGAUCGGCCGGCAUGGCGGUGGGUGGAAGUUUCGAGGGAGAUUGUAAUGAGAAGCCUUUCUACGCCCCAUCCCCCCUUGGGUCCGAUUCGUACGCUUCGGACGAAGGCAGACACUCGGGCGGAUAUCUGGCGAAUCCUUACUACGGUGCGACGGCCGGUGGUGGUGGUGGUGGUUACGGGCAUCAGGGUAGUAUGAUGCGCGCUAUGCCACCCGAGCUGGGAAUGUACGGUGGAGGAUGCUACGGCAGUCCACCAGUACCGUGGUACCAGCUUCCGCAGCAGCAGCAACCGUCUUCGUAUCAUCAGCAACAGCAUCCGGGACAUUCUCAGCACCAUCACCAUCACCACCACCAUCAUCCCCACCACAGUCAGCAGCAGCAUUCGGCAUCGCCAAGAUGCUACCCGAUGCCACCGGAACAUAUGUACAAUAUGUUUAACUUUAACAGAAAUGGGCGCGAGGCGCGAAACCGGGCGGAAAAGAACCGGCGAGACAAGCUUAACGGAUCGAUACAGGAACUUUCGGCGAUGGUGCCGCACGUGGCCGAAUCGCCCCGCCGGGUGGACAAAACUGCAGUGCUGCGCUUCUCGGCCCACGGUUUGCGGGUGGACUAUGUGUUUGGCAAAUCUAAACCGGAGGAAACGGUCAAACCGGAGGCACAGGACUCGCUGUUUCGCAUGCUGAACGGAUUUCUGCUCACGGUGACGUGCCGCGGCCAGAUCGUGCUCGUGUCGCCGUCCGUGGAACAGUUUCUGGGCCACUGUCAGACUGAUCUUUACGGGCAAAAUCUCUUCAACCUUACCCACCCGGACGAUCAUGCGCUGCUCAAGCAGCAGCUCAUCCCGUCGAACCUGGUCAACAUGUUCGACAACGGCGGUCCGAGCACCAGCUGUGGUGCCCCACCGGCCCUGCUUGGCUCCGGGGAGGGUGGAUCCGGCACGCACGGUACCGAUGGGGGCGGUGAGUUCCAGCGAUCGUACGACGACGAGGAGGAAAUCGACCGAAAGCUGCGGCAGGAUCAUCGGAGGUUUACCAUCAGGAUGGCCCGGGCUGGACCGCGAUCGGAAGCGACGACCUACGAGCUGGUCACGAUCGAUGGGUGCUUUCGGCGGGCGGAUUCGGCACCGCGUGGCAGCAGCAGCAGCAGCAGCAGCUCCUCCGCCACCAAAGCGGGAGCCGCAGGGGCUGGCGGUACGGCCGGCAGUAUGCAAAUGAUACGGCGGGUGCGGGGCCGCGACGACGCCAUACCGCUGCACAGCAUCAACGGGAACGAUAUCGUUCUGAUUGCUUUAGCGCGUGUGAUGAAGGUGCCAUCUAUCUGUGAUCGAUUGAUUGAGGCUUGCAAAUAUGAGUACAAAACACGUCACCUGAUCGACGGCCGGAUAGUGCAGUGCGAUCAGCGCAUCUCGAUAGUGGCCGGCUACCUGACCGACGAAGUGUCCGGCCUGUCCCCGUUCACCUUUAUGCAUCGGGAUGACGUCCGAUGGGUGAUAGUAGCGUUACGACAAAUGUAUGACUAUAAUCAAAACGGCGAAUCCUGCUACCGGCUGAUGUCGCGCACCGGGGACUUUAUCUAUCUGAAGACGCGCGGCUACCUGGAGGUGGAUAGCGAUACCAAAGUGGUGCAGUCGUUCGUCUGCAUCAACACGCUCGUGUCGGAGGAGGAGGGCCAGCGGCUGGUGCGCGAGAUGAAGCGCAAGUUCUCCGUGAUCGUCGACAAGGUGGAGCUGCCGGACGAGAGCGGCGAGCCGGUGGUCGAGAACCCGAAGCAGAUCGAGGAGGCGGUCAUGAAUCUGAUCACCAACCUGCAGCCGGACAGCGAGGACAAGCUGCUCAACACGAUGCCGGCCUCGCCGGCCAGCAGCAUCAAGUCGGGGUACGGGGAGGGUGCCCCCCUCGCGAUAGUGGCACCGGAGAAGAACUCGGUCAAGUCGGCGAUCGUGAAAAGCAUCAACGUGGUGUCGAUUGCGGCGAAAACGAUGCGCGAAGGCCGCUGCUCGUCCGUGUCGGGCGGCGACUGGUCCCCGAUGGGGGGCGAUCAGCAGAACAGCAACGGGAGCAGCAGCACGGCCAGUAGUAGCGUCAGCACCGGCAUGCCCAGUCCGUCCCGAUCGGCGUUUGCCGAUGGCAUUGGUUCGCCACCACCGCCACCACCACCACCUCCAUCGUCGCUGUCACCGGGCGGCGUGCAAAGGCCCACGGUGCUGCAGAAGCUCGAUCCACAGCUGUCGGAGGAAGCGGCGGCGGUCGGUGCGAACGUGGAGCAGCGCGUGCCACCGCUGCCCAACUCGCAGCACUACUUCACGCAACCGUUCUCACCGUCGGGCGGUACGACGCCCGUGCCGGUAUCGCUGCUCUCACCCGCCUCGUCCCACUACAGCCAGCGCAGUGCGCGAAGUCCGUACGGUGGUUGUGGCAGCGGCAUUGCUUCCCCUCCGGCCGCAAUACACGGUGGUGGUAGUCGAACAACGACCGUGCUGAAGCGAACGUACAGCAACAGCAGCAUCAACAGCUUAAACUCGCUGGACAACUAUGGCGAUGGUGGUGAGGCUGGUACGGGCGACAGUGGCAAGCGGGCGAGGAUGCAUGCGCUGGGCAACAGCGAUCUGGCCAACUGCUUUAGCGAUCUUAUCAACCCUGGCUCUGAUCUUACAUCGCUGCUGCCGAACUCGUUCGAAGCGCUCGAUCAGUCUUUGCUGACGAUGGAAACGACGACGACCAUCAUACGGGACCGAGUGAGCGGCUACUCCAGCUUGCAUGAGUCGCAAAAUCGGUUGGAUCGAAUAGUGGAAGAGCAUCAGGAGCAGCGCGAAAUGUUACAGUCAAUUCAGCAAGAGUACCAGUUGCAGAUGCAGUCCAACGGGACGGGGAGCGAUGCAAUAGAGGCGGACAAUGGUAGUGUAGGUGGUGGUGGUGGUGGUGGUGGUGGCGAUGAACCGAACGGAAUGCUGUGCAAUUCCCUCAGCCAAAGGGUCAGUACGAUCACCAGCACGAUGGCGGCCGCCGCCACACCGUUAAUGAUGCCUUCCGUCAUCACGUCGAGUGUUGGGCAGCAGCAGCAGCAGCGGACGGCUGCAACGGGGAGCGCUGGACCGGUGGCUGGCACUGCACGAUCGGAAAAGGAUGCAGGGAGUUAAUGUUCAUCAAUUCGAACGAUCCUUUUUCGCCGUUGGCGCUGUAAAUCUCAUCACAGAACGUACUUUUCGUCCAAUGAUUGGACACCUUUUUUGCUCCGGUUUUUAGUUCUUCCCCUCUACCCCGACUACUUCCACUUGCUUCCGUUCGUGGAUUUAGUUUUUAUUUUACCUUUCUAUUACACCAUUUCUUUUCGCUUGCAAACAACCACCGAGGUGCAAGAGCGAACCCGUCGUGCGAACAUUUUUACCAUGGGAAAAAGGACGUUUGGUGCAUAAACGCAACAAACGUUGGUUGUUAUUAUUUCGAAUAGAAGCGAACAGAGGAGAAGGAGAAAGUGCUAACGAGAAUGGGUUUUAGGAACGUUGUAAACGUGCAGAAUGGUGGCAAACUAUUCAAUACAGGCUCAAUGUUGGGUGAUGGAUCUUUCUCCUUUACCCCCUUUCCUGCUGCUAAAAAGCAAAACAUUUUAAGUCAACGAAUUCAAACAGGUCAAACAAACAAACAACGGCACGGAUGUUGAUGAAUGUUGUACAUAUUUAUACACACCAUGUAUAUUUACAUGAGUUUUUUUUUUUUUUUGGGAAGUGAUGAUAUAAAGUAUUCUCUUAUGCGUUAGUGAGUGCGAGAAGCUUGGUUUUCUCGCUUAGGAGACACUGAAUUCCCUUUAUGUACCAUACCCUUACACCAUUUCGGACCAGCUCUGUGACGUGAAUCCAAAUUAUUGUUGUGCUAGAGUUGGUAAACCUAUUGGCGUGUGCGUCGUCGGGGGAGCGUGUUCUUUCCAAAACGUGGAGUGGUCCAACGUCCAACGACGACGCUUGAUUACACACUGACACACACACACUUGUAUAGGAUUAGCAAACUGUUUCCGUUGUAGGCUAGGGUAUAAUUUGGAAUAGGAAAAGCUCUAUGAGGUGCGGAUGUGUGUGUGUUUUGUGUGCAAACGGUAAGGAGAAGAGAUUUCGUGUCUAGUUUUAAUUCGUUUACCCAUGCGGACGCGUGAUCGAGUAAGGUAUGGUUUUGUUUUUGCUAGCGUUUAAAAAUGUGUAAAAUUCAACCCACUCUUCAUCCCGGGAAGAGCAACGGGUAUGCUGUGUGUAAAAUACCGUAUACCAUAAGUCCCAUACGAAUGUAAUUUAUCCAACGCACGGAAACCAGGUCUUCAUCCGGGGCACAGCUUGUUAUACAACUGGAAGAAAGCGAUAUAUUUUUAUUGUUUUCCUUUA